AGGCCCAGACCUUUUCGAAUCAGCGUCGCAGUUCCUUUCUCGUCUUCGUUUUUCACAGCUUUUGACGAUUGCUAGCGAGGAGAGAAUCGCCGAUUCCUUCUUGAUCGUCUUCUCCUACCAGGUUUCUCCAACUCGGUAAUAUGGACAAUUUCUCGAUUUAUAUCAGUCCGGGGCUGAUCAAACAGUUAGCUGAAGGCAACGAUCAACCAAAGAGGAAGGCGAAGAGAAUCAAACCCAAAGUCUCACCACAGAGCAAGGCAGAUCAAGCAAAAACACACCACGAUGCUGCAGAGAAACCAAACCCAAUGGCAGUGCAGCCACCUUUCUUCUUCCCAAUACCUCAACAAGCAGCAGCAAACACGGAGUUGGAAGCGAUAAAAUCCGUUGUGAAAGAGAGUGAGAAGGUUCUUGAGAAGAUCGAGAGACAAGAAAAGAACAUUACUCAUGAAGUGACAGAGAGGGCCAAGGAUCUGAGGGAGAAAGAGUUUAAGAUCCCGGAACCUAAACCAAUGCCUUGUUCAUCGGAGAACGAAGCGUGGAUGAAAUGCUACAAGGAGAACAUUGACAACCCGUUGAAAUGUAGCGAUCUGGUUAUGAGAUUCCGGGAUUGCUCUCGCUGGUCCAAACAGCAAGCGAGUUCUAAGAUGGCUUAGAGAUAAAUGAAAAAGAUUCACGAAGACUUUUUUGGAGAUAAGAAGGGGAAGAUUGUUUGUUUUAAAUCUUUCUGAGAUCUUAUGAAUGAUCAGAAGAAUGAACUUGUUUCCUUGUUAUUACUUGAAGCAAAAAAGAAAGAACAAAUAAGUAGAAUCUGUGAUUAUAUUCAUGAGAUCAAACUUGCAAAACUGUGUUCUUGAGUUACUAGAUUGGCUAAUCUCCAAGGAUUUUUUUU